CCUUUUUCCAUUUCCACAAAGGAAGCCGGGCCUCACCGACAUUCCCAAAACGCGACCACGUGAUCAAAAUCAAUUGGGUCGCGUCUGGCGCGUGCCGGCGCGUCGCAUCGGCAGAGGCCGAAAUAAAUCUCAAUGUCCACAGUGGGACAAAGGGAAGGAAGGCGGCCGAGACAGUUACUUCGAGCGAAACGAUGACAACAGGCCCCGGGACUCCAAAAGGCCGAAAACGAAGCCGAUCGCAAGCAAAUGAUGGAGACACACCUCGCGUAGCAUCUGGAAAGAAGUCCCGACUGAUCACCGAGCCCUCAUCAACCACACCGCAAACGCGCGACUCAGUCAGCUCGGCAAUCUCUGGGCCGCUCAACUACGGACGCCGUAUUGCUUCUGCAAGGAGUGUCCGUCAUGGCAAGAAAGAUGAAUCGGUCAAUCAGGCUUGGGAAAUUCCAGAUUCCGAGGACGAACGACGGCCUACGGGCUCCCUGUCAAAGAAGGAACAGCUCAGCAGAAGGGUAGUAAGCUCCUCCGCUGGCAACAAGUCCGACAAUCUCUACGAUUUUCCCGGUUCUGGAGAUGAGCUCUCUACCUCGGCGGCCGACAAAACCAAGGCCGGCAAGAACUCGGGAGAAUUGCGCCCUGAUGGCGUUCCCGCGCUGAGCGGUUCUGUACAAAAGAAAAGAGGCCGGCCAAGGAAAAGCGAAGCACAGAAGUCAGCUCAGGCUCCUCAGGAGGAUGCCAGCCUAGAGGGAACUCCGUCAAAACAGCGGUCUGGUCGGAGACCCGCACAAGCUGGUGCAAAUGGGACUAUACCUGGCAACGAUGCGGAGGCUUCUGGCCAGGAGGUAGCUGAGAAGUUUGGCUCGCUGACGUCGUCUAAUCGCCGGAAAGGGGGCCGUCAGGAAGCUGGCGAGUCUCGUCCAGAACCGCCGAAGCUCAAGGGCAUCCUAACUCCCAGGAAGAAAAAGGUGGAGGACCGCGGACGGAAGAGCGUUGCAUUCGAAGGUGGAAAAGGGAGGGAUGAGACCGAGGUCUACUUUGAAGACUUGCCAUCAAAGGCCGUCAAACCCUCUGCCGUGUCUGCCCGCAAAUCAGCUGCUAUCCAGCCAGUUGAGGAUGAAGGGCUGGAUGCCGAGGCCGCGGAAGAUGACGAUGAGGUGUGUGCUAUCUGUAGCAAGCCAGAUUCGACUCCCCCGAACGAGAUUCUCUUCUGUGAUGGUUGCGACAUGGCCGUUCACCAGGAUUGCUACGGCGUACCCACCAUACCGGAAGGAGAUUGGCUGUGCCGGGAUUGUUCGCAAGACGGCGCGGUUGGUUCGCUCGAUGCAGGCUCGAAAAAGAAGUCUGAUCCCGUUGCGAGGACCGAGGAACAAACCCCUGACAUCCCCAACUUUGAACAACAUUUGCGAUCCAUGCAGCGAGUUCUCCUAGACCGUUGUACGGGACGACGACGAAUAAAGCUUCGGGGGCAGGACGAAGCAUAUGACAAAGCCCUGCAGCUUAUCGAACAGACCAUUGUGUCUGGCGAGGGAAAUUCGAUGCUCGUGAUUGGGGCACGGGGGUCUGGCAAGACUACGCUGGUCGAGUCCAUCGUCUCUGCGAUGUCGCAUGAGCACAAAGACGAGUUCCACGUAGUGAGACUGAGCGGAUUCAUUCAUACGGAUGACAAGCUCGCUUUAAAAGAAAUAUGGCGGCAGCUUGGGAAGGAGAUGGAGGUGGAAGAUGACCUCAUAAAUAGGACCAACAACUAUGCAGACACUCUGGCCUCGCUUCUGGCGCUGUUAUCUCACCCUUCGGAGAUCGCCGAGACUCAGGCCGGCGUCACGUCGAAAUCUGUCGUCUUCAUCAUCGACGAAUUCGAACUCUUCGCUACGCACGCCCGUCAGACGCUUCUUUACAAUCUCUUCGAUAUUGCUCAAGCCAAGAAGGCGCCUAUUGCCGUGCUCGGGCUAACCACUAGGAUUGACGUUGUGGAAAGUCUCGAGAAGAGAGUCAAGAGUCGUUUCAGCCACAGAUACGUCUACCUCUCGUUGCCGAAGAGCCUUCCGGCCUACUGGGACAUCUGUCGACAAGGCCUCGUAGUUGAGGAAGAAGAUCUAGAAGAAGAACGCAUCGAUGGCAGCUUGGAAGGCUCAAGCAAGUUCUUGGAGUGGUGGACCAAGCGGAUCGAGGCCCUGCACAAAGAACCUACCUUCCAAGAUCUUCUGGAAUAUCACUUUUGCACUACGAAGUCGGCCGCCGCCUUCCUGGCCACCUGCAUCCUCCCGCUAUCUUCACUCUCACCCACCUCCCUAUCCCUCAGGGCCCACUUCACCAGCGGCGCUCCCACAACGGUCGGAGGCCCAGACUCCAAGCUGCACCUCCUCGAGUCCCUGUCGGACCUCGACCUGUCGCUGCUCAUCGCGGCGGCGCGGCUGGACAUUGUGGCCCACACGGACACGGUCAACUUCGCCAUGGCGUACGACGAGUACACGACGCUGGUCGGCCGGCAGAGGGUGCAGUCGGCCAGCUCGGGUCUGCUCGCGCUGGGCGGCGGCGCGAGGGUGUGGGGCCGAGGGGCCGCGGGCGUCGCUUGGGAGCGGCUCGCCACGCUCGGCCUGCUGGUGCCGGCGGGGAUGGCUGGGAGAGUGGGGGGCGCCUCGGGGGGUGGCGGGCUGGAGGCCAGGAUGUGGAAGGUCGACGUCGCGCUGGAGGAGAUCCCCGCCUCGGUCAGGCUGAAUGCUGUGCUGGCGAGGUGGUGCAGGGAGAUAUGAGAUGUGGAGGGAAGAUGGUGGUGCCGGGGUUCCGAGAUGGAACCCCCCCCUUUUGUCUGUCUCGGUCUCCUCUUCCCCUUCAAAGUAGGCAACGUUGACAUAUAUGUAUUCCGAUUGCCGAGAGAUCAGGCAAGCUAAUUUAAACCCCAACUGCGCGCAUAAAGCUGCGUCAUUCUUAUAGCAUGAUGUCAAGGGCUGUUUUGUUUGGCGGUCAGAAUGACGUGCAGGCGACUAUGUGGUGGUGAUGUUGGGGUCUGUCUUAUAGCUAGCUAUACCGUAACGUUGCCUCUUGCCACGACCGUCCGCC